AUGGCUCCCAAACAAGCAACACUCGGCAAAUUCUUCGGAGCAAAAAAUGCGCCGACCCAGCAAACAAAACUUUCCUUCAGCACCAAACCAAAGAAGGGAGAAAAGAAGCAAGAGGAGGAGGAGGAGACUGAAGUGAAGGUUCAGUCGAGCCCAGGCUCAGAUCAAGAAACAAAGAAGCGAGCUCGUUCAAAGAAAACAGAACCCGACCCAACCCAAAUUAAGAAAGAGGAAGUCGAUGACGAUAGCGAUGGACCUGUCACUAAGCGAGCACGACGAACUCGGAAGCGAGUCGAAGAGGAUGAAGAUGAUGAGAUGACUGAAGAGCCCGUUAAGAAAGAGGAAGCCGUCUCCCCCAAGAAAUCCAAGCCGUCGAGCCCACCACCGAAGUCACCAAAAAGGUCCAAAGCCAAGCCUAAAGCAAAGGCUGUCAAGGAGCCCACCCCUGAGGAAACAUCUGAGCCCGCCCCAGAAGAAACCUCAACCGCAUCCGCAUCCGAAGCUGAAGACGAGGUGGAUGCCGACGAGAAGCCCGAAGUCGCCGCCAAAGCUCGUGAGAAGGUUCAGACAAAAUUCAAGUCGAAAACUAAGGACCCUUACCCCGACUGGCAGCCUGGUACACCUGUUCCGUAUGCCGCUCUGUGUACAACAUUCUCUCUUGUCGAGAUGACAACCAAACGUCUGAUCAUUAUGGAACAUUGCUCCCUCUUCCUUCGUCAAGUCAUGCGGCUGACACCUGAUGACCUUUUGCCCACCGUCCUGCUGAUGAUCAACAAGCUGGCCCCUGAUUAUGCUGGUAUCGAGCUGGGAAUUGGUGAAUCCUUGAUCAUGAAAGCUAUCGGCGAAACUACCGGAAGAAGUCUCCAGGUAAUCAAGGCUGACCAGAAGGAGAUUGGUGAUCUUGGAUUGGUAGCUGUAAAGAGUCGGUCAACGCAGCGGACUAUGUUCAAACCCAAACCUCUAACUGUCAGGGGCGUCCACCAAGGUCUGAUGAACAUUGCUACCGUUACUGGAAACGGCGCUCAGGGUCGUAAAGUCGAUGGUAUAAAGAAGCUUCUUGCUGCAGCUGACGCCAACUCUACUGGCGGCAAAGUUGACAUUACUAAGGACAAGGGCGGACCAAGUGAAGCCAAGUUCAUUAUUCGAUUUUUGGAGGGCAAGCUGAGACUUGGUCUCGCUGAGAGGACUGUCCUGGUUUCUCUUGCUCAAGCUAUUGUUGCUCAUGAAGCAGAUGCCAAGAACAAGGCCCCCAGCACCACCGAUCUAGAGAAUGGCGAGUCAAUUCUCAAGACAGUUUACAGCGAGCUUCCCAGUUACGAUGUUAUCAUCCCUGCUAUGCUUGAACAUGGUAUUAUGAAGCUGCGAGAUAACUGUAAGCUUCGACCCGGUGUGCCACUGAAGCCUAUGUUGGCCAAGCCAACCAAGGCCAUCACUGAAGUUCUUGAUCGAUUUGAGGGGCAGAAGUUUACAUGCGAGUACAAGUACGACGGCGAAAGAGCACAAAUUCACUACGUGGCCAAGGAUGCACCUCAGGAAAUGAACGAAGCGAGCCAGGGUGCGGCCAAGGAGGCGGCAGCUGGUGUUGCUAGUAUCUUCUCCAGAAAUUCCGAAGAUCUCUCCAGAAAGUAUCCCGAUAUCCUGGCCAAGCUUCACACUUGGGUCAAGCCUGACACCAAGAGCUUCGUCCUGGAUUGUGAGACUGUGGCUUGGGAUGUUGACGAAAAGAAGGUACUGCCCUUCCAGCAGCUCAUGACACGCAAGAAGAAGGACGUCAAGGUUGAAGAUGUCAAAGUCAAGGUUUGCGUGUUUGCAUUUGAUCUGUUGUACCUCAACGGUGAAGCUGUCGUUGAGAAAGCCCUCCGUGAGCGACGUGAGCUUCUUCAAACCGCUUUCAAUCCAGUGGAGGGCGAGUUCGCCUUUGCUACACAUAUGGAUGGCCAGGAGCUGGAAGAGAUCCAAGUUUUCCUUGACGAGAGUAUGAAGGCAUCAUGUGAAGGUCUUAUGGUGAAGAUGUUGGAUGGGACUGAGAGUGGAUAUGAGCCCAGCAAGAGAAGUCGAAACUGGCUCAAGAUCAAGAAGGAUUAUCUCUCAGGUGUUGGCGACUCGCUGGAUCUCGUUGUUCUAGGCGCAUACUACGGCAAGGGCAAGCGUACCUCGGUCUAUGGUGCAUUCCUUUUAGCAUGCUACAACCCCAACUCGGAAAAAUACGAAACUGUCUGCAACAUUGGAACAGGGUUCUCGGAACAGGUCUUGGAAGAUUUGCACAAGCAGCUCUCUGAGAUCACUAUCGACAGGCCUAAACCCUUCUAUUCACACUCAUCCGGUGGCCAGCACCAGCCCGAUGUUUGGUUCGAGCCUAAAUAUGUCUGGGAGGUCAAGACAGCAGACUUGACCCUAAGCCCGCGUUACAAGGCUGGUGCCCAAGAAGGCGUUGACCCGUCUGGCAACAAGGGCAUCAGUCUUCGAUUCCCGCGUUUCAUCCGCAUACGAGACGAUAAGAAGGCUGAUGCUGCCACAACAAGCCGACAGGUUGCUGAAAUGUACCGCAAGCAGGAGAGUGUGACGAAGAACAAGGGCCCCUCAGUUGAUGAUGACUUUGAGUAUUAG